UAGCCAAGGACGGGUCAUUUCCGCUGUCGUCAGCAGGGACACGUGGAUCCAAGAUGGCGGCGGCUGUUGCGGGGAGGUGUGUGGAGCUGCUCCUCUGUCUCUCAUUAAUUCAUGGGAUCCACUGCUUCUACGUGCCAGGGGUGGCUCCGAUGAAUUUUCGGCAGAAUUCUCCUGUGGAUAUCAAGGCUGUGAAACUCACUAGUUCCCGCACACAGCUGCCAUAUGAAUACUACUCGUUGCCUUUUUGCAAACCCAAGGAAGUAACAUACAAAGCAGAGAAUUUGGGUGAGGUUCUUAGAGGAGAUCGGAUUGUGAACACUCCAUUUAAGGUUCUUAUGAACAGUAAUAAGAAGUGUGAGAUUCUUUGUGGCUCUCCUAGCAAGCCAACAUUGCUCAAAGUAGAGGACAGCAAGCUGGUGGCAGAACGCAUACGAGAAGAGUAUUACGUUCACCUGAUUGCGGAUAACCUACCUGUGGCGACCAGGCUGGACCUAUAUCUUAACCACGAUGAUGACGACAAGAAGAAAGAGCGAGAUGUCACAUUUGAGCAUGGAUACAGACUGGGAUUUACAGACAACAACAAGUUCUACCUGCACAAUCACCUGUCCUUCUUUUUACAUUAUCAUCGAGAAGUGGUGGAGGAAAAUCAGGAACCCACUUUCAGGGUCGUGAGAUUUGAAGUCAUUCCUCAGAGCAUCAGAAUGGAAGAUCUGAAAGGUACGGAGGAUGGGUCUUGCAUGGUUCCUGAAAGCUCCAACUCUGUCCCCCAGGAGAUCGACCCCGCCAAGGAAAACAGGCUGCUCUUCACAUACUCUGUGCAGUGGAAGGAAAGUGACAUUAAAUGGGCCUCCCGCUGGGACAUCUACCUUACCAUGAGCGAUGUUCAGAUUCACUGGUUCUCCAUCAUCAAUUCUGUGGUUGUUGUGUUCUUCCUUUCAGGUAUUCUGAGCAUGAUCAUUAUCCGAACUCUGAGGAAGGACAUUGCAAACUACAACAAGGAGGAUGACAUUGAAGAUACAAUGGAAGAAUCUGGCUGGAAACUAGUGCAUGGGGAUGUGUUCCGACCCCCCCAGUAUCCCAUGAUCCUUAGCUCACUCCUUGGGUCUGGCAUUCAGCUCUUCUGCAUGGUCCUUAUUGUCAUAUUUGUGGCCAUGCUGGGUAUGCUGUCACCAUCCAGUAGAGGAGCUCUGAUGACCACGGCUUGCUUCCUCUUCAUGUUCAUGGGAGUGUUUGGUGGUUUUUUUGCUGGAAGGCUCUAUCGGACACUAAAAGGUCACCGAUGGCGCAAAGGAGCAUUUUGUACUGCGAUGCUUUACCCCGGAGUGGUGUUUGGAAUCUGCUUCAUCCUGAACUGUUUCAUUUGGGGGAAGCAUUCAUCUGGAGCAGUGCCGUUCCCUACAAUGCUGGCCUUGCUGUGCAUGUGGUUUGGGAUUUCCUUACCCCUGGUGUAUCUCGGUUAUUACUUUGGGUUCCGCAAGCAGCCUUAUGAUAAUCCCGUCCGGACAAACCAGAUCCCGAGGCAGAUCCCAGAGCAACGCUGGUAUAUGAAACGGUUUGUGGGGAUCCUGAUGGCUGGAAUCUUGCCGUUUGGAGCAAUGUUCAUUGAACUGUUCUUUAUUUUCAGUGCCAUUUGGGAGAACCAGUUCUACUAUCUGUUUGGAUUCCUGUUUCUGGUAUUUAUCAUCCUCGUAGUGUCUUGUUCUCAAAUCAGCAUUGUCAUGGUGUACUUCCAGCUGUGUGCGGAGGAUUAUCGUUGGUGGUGGAGAACGUUCCUCGUGUCUGGCGGAUCCGCAUUUUAUGUUUUGAUUUACGCCAUUUUCUACUUUGUGAAUAAGUUGGAUAUAGUUGAGUUUAUUCCGUCCCUUUUGUACUUUGGUUACACGGCGCUGAUGGUCUUAUCGUUCUGGCUGCUCACCGGGACCAUUGGCUUCUACGCCGCUUACAUGUUUAUCCGAAAGAUCUAUGCCGCGGUGAAAAUCGACUAACUGCAUGAUUCCUCGCAGCAAACCUAGCACAAGGCAGAGCCAAAACCCCUCCGCCAAGACUCCCACCAUCAGGGAACCAUAACAAAACUGUCAUCCUCAUUCAGAAUGUAAUGGACGGGCAAGGAAUUCUAUAUAACUGCAUUUUAACCUUUUUUGGUAUUCCGAUUUUCAAGUGCGGGUUUUUACUUUAAAGCUGAAAUCUGUCCCAGUUUAUAUAACUGCUCCUUUCUUGUUUUUCUUACUUUUUAAAUUAUUAAUGUGGGUUCAAGAUCAAGCUGGUUAGGAUGUUUUUAAGGGGUGGUAUGUAAAUGGGAAGGCACUGUUGCAUUAUGGGUGUCUCGGCAAGUGCCAGAUGAUUGAAAUACUCGUUGCUGACUGGUCAUGUGACAAUCUACAGGGGGGAAAGAAUCAGUGAGGAGUACUCUGUUUUGUGCUUGCGCAACAGUCACAUGCUGGUGAAAGCGAGGCUCUCUCGUGAUCAUUGUUCGAAGGCUUUAUAGAACACUGUAUUUUUUUUUUUUAUUCAGUAAUGUAUAACCUUGAUCAUGAGCUGGGACAUGUACUUGGAGAUGUUUGGAGUGCCAACAAAUAGCAUGGAUUGUGUCCCUGUGGGCACCUCCUAAUCUCACCUGAGCGAGAAUCUCUUUGCCAAGGACUGAGAAUUAAGCUCUCCUGACGUAGGUCUCAUUUUCUGUCAUCAUACAUGCUUUCUUCAUUAAACAAGUCUGAAGAGUUGCAGUUUAAAAAAAAACAACAAAACACAAACUCAUUUCAAAGUCAUUACCUGUUUGGGCCGCAAAUCUUGGAAAAAGGCUUUUACAAACAUGUAUCCAUCUGUUCUUGGAGCCAGCCUGGACUUAUUCAGCACAUAAUCCAAACUAAAUUAUUUUCCAUUUUUAAAAUGAAUAUCUUGAAGAAAUUACACUUUUUUUUUUUUAACUGUAUUCCAUCUUUAUGUCCUUUUUUGUAAAUAAAUACCCCUUCUGGUGUUUCGAUCUUUAAUAUUUAUUUUGAAUGACAGUAACACUUGCAGUUUCACACUCCCUGCUUGAAAUAAAGGUUCCUCAUCCCACCA